CAAGAUCAUGACCUGAGCAGAAGCCAGGUGCUCAACCGACUGAGCCACCCAGGUGCCCCUACAGUUUUCAUUUUUAAUAUUUAAGUUUUGAGCUUGAUCUUCAUGAUUGAGAAGGACGAAAGUCAUCUGAGACUUGAACUGGAGCAUUUAUUUCUCUGGGACAAUGACUUGCACAUCCCUAUGGGUCUCCCCAAAUAGAAAUGAUGUUCUCUGCCCUUGGGUCUGUCACCAGAGGAGAGGGAUCUCCUAGUGUCCUGCCUGAGAGGCACAGGCCUGGCUGCAGAGAAUGUGGCUCUCAGUCUCAGGGAUCCUGUGUAAGCCUCUGGCUGGAGGAGGAGCAUGGCCUACAGAACAGGCUGACCCAGGGGGAUACCAAAAUAUUUCUUUACCAUCCACCCUACAGUCCCAUCUUCUGAGGCUAAUUGGGUCUAUUCCUAAGCAGCAUUUGUUUGCUGUUGGAAGUGGACACACUUGGGCCACAGCUGGGGCUGGAACCCAGGCUUCCAGCUUUAGGAGAAGGGACGAUGCUUUCUCGGUCAGUUGGUGUUCCCAGCAGCCAGCACAGUGCUGGGCCCCUGGCUCCAUGAAUGUGCGCUGUUCGGCUUGACUGAAGCAUUGCUCUGCCUGAGUUUUGUGGCUGCAGCACUAGAAUCUAGAGGAGAGAGGAGCAGAAAGAAGCAGAAGGAAGCUGGCUCACCCGGGAUGUGGUGAGAAACAGAGUAUUAACUAGGCUAGAAGCCUGAACAGGCAGGUGCUGUGACAAAGAUCUUCUGGGUCAUUCCGGGUUAUGCAAGAGGCAGUGUGCGACACUGGGUGGAAGGGUUUGGAAAACUCUGAGCAAAUCUGCAUAGAGGUGUGGGCAAAACCUGUCCUGUUGUGCUCUUGAAAAAGGGUCUUAAUUAUAUUGGGAGAGCAGUGUAGAUUUUGGGGUGAACCAGCCUUGUUAUUGUCUCCUCCACCACCUGGCUUUGUCCUACCACCCUCUCCUGAACCAGCUGUGGGCUCCGUGAGGAUGGGCUGUUGGCCGUUGUCUGUCUGCCUGUGCUUCUCAGUGCCGAGCAUGGCUCCUGAAGCCCGGGGGAGCUCCUGUCUGAUGCUUGUAGGAGAGUGGCCUUUGCCAGCAUGCUGAUCUGUCUUGGGAAGUUCUGUAACUGGCAGGAUGCACAGAUGUGUCUGGUUAAGAUACUCAGGAGUGCCCGCUACAGCCCGCUCUUUGCCUGCAGGCCUGCUUCACCACUGUUGAGACUGGCAGACCCUUGCCCAUACCAGGAAACAAUGAAGGGAGACACCAGACAACUCAACAGAGAGGAGGACGCCAGCGGGAGGGAAGACUCCAUCAUCACUAACGGGGGCUGCAGCGACCAGUCUUCUGACUCCAAGGAUGCGCCCUCACCCCCCAUCCUGGAGGCUAUCAGCACCCCGGAGAUCAGAGGCCGAAGAUCAAGCUCACGACUGUCCAAGAGGGAGGUCUCCAGUCUGCUAAGUUAUACUCAGGAUCUGACAGGUGAUGGAGAUGGCGAAGGGGAAGACGGGGAUGGCUCUGACACCCCAGUGAUGCCAAAACUCUUCCGUGAAACCAGGACUCGGUCUGAAAGCCCAGCUGUCCGAACCCGAAAUAACAACAAUGCCUCCAGCCGUGAGAGGCACAGGCCCUCCCCACGCUCCACCCGAGGCCGGCAGGGCCGCAGUCACGUGGAUGAGUCCCCCGUGGAGUUCUCAGCUACCAGGUCCCUGAGGCGGCGGACAGUAUCCUUGGCAGGCACACCGUGGCCGUCCCCCGCCAGCCCCUACCUCACCAUUGACCUCACAGAUGAUGAUGUGAUGCCCCAGAGCAGCAGUACCCCCUACGCCCGCCUGGCCCAGGACAGCCAGCAGGAGAGCUUGGAGUCCCCGCAGGUGGACGUGGAGGGGACAGAUGCCGACAACACCGAGUAUCAGGAUGGGAAGGAGUUUGGAAUAGGGGACCUUGUGUGGGGAAAGAUCAAGGGCUUCUCCUGGUGGCCUGCUAUGGUGGUGUCAUGGAAGGCCACCUCUAAGCGACAGGCCAUGUCCGGCAUGCGGUGGGUCCAGUGGUUUGGUGACGGCAAAUUCUCCGAGGUGUCUGCAGAUAAGCUAGUGGCCCUGGGGCUGUUCAGCCAGCACUUUAACCUGGCGACCUUCAAUAAGCUGGUGUCUUACAGGAAGGCCAUGUACCAUGCUCUGGAGAAAGCCAGGGUGCGGGCUGGCAAAACCUUCCCCAGCAAUCCUGGUGACUCCUUGGAGGACCAGCUGAAGCCCAUGUUGGAGUGGGCCCACGGGGGUUUUAAGCCCACCGGGAUCGAGGGCCUCAAACCCAACAACAAGCAACCAGUGGUUAAUAAGUCGAAGGUGCGUCGUGCAGGCAGUGGGAAGUUAGAAUCGAGGAAACACGAGAACAAGACCCGAAGACGCACAGCCGAUGACUCGGCCACCUCGGACUACUGCCCCCCACCCAAGCGCCUCAAGACAAACUGCUAUAACAAUGGGAAAGACCGAGGAGAGGAGGACCAGAGUCGAGAACAAAUGGCUUUGGAUGUUAGCAACAACAAGGGUAGCCUGGAAGAUAGCUGUCUGUCCUGCGGUAGGAAAAACCCUGUGUCCUUUCACCCUCUCUUUGAGGGUGGGCUCUGCCAGACAUGCCGGGACCGGUUCCUCGAGCUGUUCUACAUGUACGACGAUGAUGGCUAUCAGUCCUACUGCACUGUGUGCUGUGAGGGCCGCGAGCUGCUUCUGUGCAGCAACACGAGCUGCUGCCGGUGCUUCUGUGUGGAGUGCCUGGAGGUGCUGGUGGGCACAGGCACGGCAGCAGAUGCGAAGCUGCAGGAGCCCUGGAGCUGCUACAUGUGCCUCCCACAGCGCUGUCACGGCGUCCUGCGGCGCCGGAAGGACUGGAACAUGCGCCUGCAGGCCUUCUUCACCAGCGACACGGGGCUCGAAUACGAAGCCCCCAAGUUAUACCCUGCGAUUCCCGCAGCCCGAAGGCGGCCCAUUCGAGUCUUAUCCCUGUUUGAUGGAAUUGCAACAGGGUACUUGGUCCUGAAAGAACUGGGCAUCAAAGUGGAGAAGUACGUCGCCUCCGAAGUGUGUGAAGAAUCCAUCGCUGUUGGAACUGUCAAGCAUGAGGGCAACAUCAAAUAUGUGAAUGACGUCAGGAACAUCACAAAGAGAAACAUUGAAGAAUGGGGCCCCUUUGACUUGGUGAUUGGUGGAAGCCCAUGCAAUGAUCUCUCAAAUGUGAACCCAGCCAGGAAAGGCCUGUACGAGGGCACCGGCCGGCUCUUCUUUGAGUUCUACCACCUGCUGAAUUACACACGCCCCAAGGAGGGUGACGACCGGCCCUUCUUCUGGAUGUUUGAGAAUGUGGUAGCCAUGAAGGUCGGUGACAAGAGGGAUAUCUCUCGUUUCCUAGAGUGUAACCCAGUGAUGAUCGAUGCCAUCAAAGUGUCUGCUGCUCACAGGGCCCGCUACUUCUGGGGCAACCUGCCUGGAAUGAACAGGCCCGUGAUAGCAUCAAAGAAUGAUAAACUCGAGCUGCAGGACUGCUUGGAGUUCAAUAGGACAGCAAAGUUAAAGAAAGUACAGACAAUAACCACCAAGUCGAACUCGAUCAGACAGGGGAAAAACCAACUUUUCCCUGUUGUCAUGAAUGGCAAAGAAGAUGUUUUGUGGUGCACUGAGCUAGAAAGGAUCUUCGGCUUUCCUGUACACUACACGGAUGUGUCCAACAUGGGCCGGGGUGCCCGCCAGAAGCUGCUUGGGAGGUCCUGGAGUGUGCCUGUCAUCCGACACCUCUUCGCCCCCCUGAAGGACUACUUUGCCUGUGAAUAGCCCCCAGGCACCCUGAGCCCAGGAGCACUGGGGCAUGUGGGGCAGAGCCAGGACCCAGGAGGUACAGCCUCAGCUCUGCCCUUCCUCUGCUCCGCGUUGUGGGGUUGCGCCACCUAUCCUUGGCAGGAGCAGAGCCGUGCGACCCCCUCCUGGCAGGGAAAGCCUGAGGUGCUGCCUCCUUGUGCACAAUUCAGACCUGGCUGCUAGGAGUGGCCAAACACGGUGCUCGUUUUGUCUUCUAAAAUUUUUAAAACUUGAAGUAGGUAGUAAGAUGGGUUUUUUUUUUUUUCCCCUCCCGGGUUUACCGCUCAGAGAAACAAUGGCUAAGAUACCAAAACCACAGUGCCAACAGCCCUCCAAUACUCAGGUUAAUGCUGAAAAAUCACCCAAGACAGUUAUCCCAAGACUAUGAUUUUUAAAAAACAUCUGCGGCUCCUUGUUUCCCAGGACUGCAGUGGUAGACAUGUAGCUAAGGGACAUUUUAAGGGCCCUGGGUGUUUUUCUUCCUAGGGCUAGCAGAAGAGGAGAUGAUGUCUAUGUCGUUCUUGAAUUUUCCCUAGCACAUUCCCCUGGCCUCAGUAUAAAGGGCUGGGACCCGCUGUCAGGGCCCGUGUAGAGUAUUUUCUGUAAUGAUGAUGAUUUCAGCAGGGAUGACCUCAUCAUCACAUUCAGGGCUAUUUUCCCCCCAACAGACCCACAGGGAGGACCACCCUUAGCGAUAUCCCUCCCAGUGACUGCAAUAGAACCCUCCGGGGAGCUCAGGAAGGGGUGGGCUGGGUAUAAAUUGCCAUAUGUUAUGCGGACAGGUAUGGCUUCUCGCUAUCUCCCUCUUCCCCACUAGAAGGGAACAAAGGAGUAGGCUUAGGUAAGACAUCCCUGCCCACCCCCAAAAUGCACCCUUCCAGACUACUCUGCAGGCACAGGUCUCCACAUUAGAAGUAGGAUACCCCAAUUCCUCAGCCUUUUUCUAAACUGAGAAGCAAUGACAGCCGGGGCACAAGCACAUUCCCUGCACUCUCCCCUCAUCUAAGAGAUUGCAGGGGGAAACUGCAAUAAAAGCUCGACCCUCCUUCCAGAGAUUUUAAAGUCCUUUUGUAUUCCAUGAGAAGUUGUUUUUAGGGGGAAUGGGAGGUCGGGAAAGCUGCAUUUCAGAAAUGCUGUCGUAAUGGUUUUUAACACCUUUUACUCUUCUUACUGGUGCUAUUUUGUAGAAUAAGGAACAACGUUGACAGGUUUUGUGGGAAUUUUUUUAUACACUUUUUUUUUUUAAAUCACAGACUUCUAUUUUUAUGUUUUAACAUUUUCAUAAAAAGUUUUUUUUUUAACUGGAGCCACGUAACAAGUAUGGGGGAAAAUUGUGCCUUGUUUCAACAGUCUUGCUAAUUUUUAGGCUGAAAAAUGACAGAUGCCUAGAGUUUACCUUAUGUUGAAUUAAAAUCAGUAUUUCUCUAACA